AUGAGGUGUACUCGACUUGAAGGCGAGUUAUUGAGCUCAAUGCGAGCAGAGUUGGCAUCUUUGUCAUCUCAACCUUCCGUCCCCGCACGAGCGGCAUCCCCGAUUCAUGUCAGCACAAAGGAGAGUUGUGAUGCUCCUGAUAGAGGGGCAGAGGUUGCUCCUACUGACACUGCUGACCGUCGGUUGUAUGUUGCGGGUCCUCCCGAGCAUUUGGUGGCAUACUGUACGUAUUAUAUCUUUGACAUGUAUUUGGUACAGGAAGAGGCUGAAAAAGCAAAGGAAGUUGUGCAUGAAUCACCACCACCACCAUCUCGCUUUACAGCGACUCGGUGCAUCGGCGACGACUAUCGGGACCACUCCCAUACAGUUAGAUAUGCCACCCGAAGUCGUAUUUACAUCGUUUGUGUGUUGAGAGGAAGAUCCGCUAUCUCUAUGGAUUUGUUGACCUCGUUGCCAUUUAGUCCAGUUGGGAAUAAAGUCGAAGAGGUGCAAACGUACUUAAUAGAGGCAUUUCAAAAUGGGGGCAAAGAAGUCUACUUAGCACCUUACUUGCAUCAGGGUCAUUGGCAGCUCAUAAUAAUUGUUCCUCGCCAAUUUCUUGUGAUUCUCCUGUGUUCAUUACACAAGAAACCAAAUGAUUUGGAUAUUAAAAAGCACAUAGACGCAGCUUUGGAAGCUCACCUAAGGUUGCAAGGUCUUCCAUCUCAUGCUAGAAAGAAGUUGACGUAUAUUGCACCAAAGUGUCCACGCCAACCGGGAAGUUAUGAGUGCGGGUUUUAUGUGAUGAAGCACAUGCACACCAUUGUAGCCAAAAAUAUUCUUGACACGUGGAGGGAGCAAAACGACUGCGCUUCGGUAGUCGUCUCCACCGAGGCAUGUUAUUCGCUCACUGCCUCUACUCUUCCUAUAACACUCACCAUCGUAUUCGCAUCCAGUAGAGACGUUGACUUCGUGCUCGUUCUGGAAGGGGAACUAAUGGACCAAGCACUUGUCGACGACAUAAUCAAUCGCCUUCUCGAAGUUCGCGGCCGCCCGGGGAAGCAGGUGCAGCUGUCGGAGUCAGAGAUCCGCCAGCUCUGUGCCGCUUCCCGAGAGAUUUUCUUGCAGCAACCUAAUUUGUUGGAGCUCGAAGCACCAAUUAAGAUUUGUGGUGACGUACAUGGUCAAUAUUCUGAUCUUUUAAGGCUUUUUGAAUAUGGUGGAUUACCUCCUGAGGCCAACUACUUAUUUUUGGGGGAUUAUGUGGAUCGUGGGAAGCAGAGUUUGGAAACAAUAUGCCUUCUCCUAGCUUAUAAAAUAAAAUAUCCUGAGAAUUUUUUUCUUUUGAGGGGUAACCAUGAAUGUGCUUCUAUUAACCGUAUAUAUGGAUUUUAUGACGAGUGUAAAAGAAGGUUCAAUGUAAGGUUAUGGAAGACAUUUACAGAAUGCUUCAAUUGCUUGCCCGUGGCAGCACUCAUUGAUGAAAAGAUAUUGUGCAUGCAUGGGGGCCUUUCUCCUGACUUACAUAAUUUGGAUCAGAUUAGAAAUCUACAACGGCCCACUGAUGUCCCUGAUACAGGUUUGCUUUGUGAUCUCCUCUGGUCAGAUCCAAGCAAAGAGGUUCAAGGUUGGGGAAUGAAUGACAGGGGAGUUUCAUAUACAUUUGGUGCUGAUAAGGUCUCCGAGUUUCUUCAGAAACAUGAUUUGGAUCUUAUUUGUCGUGCUCAUCAGGUGGUGGAGGAUGGGUAUGAGUUCUUUGCUAACCGACAGCUUGUAACAAUAUUUUCGGCACCUAAUUAUUGUGGGGAGUUUGACAAUGCUGGCGCUAUGAUGAGUGUUGAUGAGACACUAAUGUGCUCUUUCCAAAUAUUGAAGCCAUCUGAUAAAAAAGCAAAACUCAACAGUACUACCACUACUAAGCCAGGAAACUCUCCAGCAGGUGUAAAGUCUUUCAUGGGUUCAAGAGUAUGA